CGGUGCUGAGCGUAGAGCAGUCCGCCUGUAAGUGCCGUUCUGGGGCUUGAGGCUCGGAGGAAUGGGGCCGUCUUCCUCCCUGACCCUGCUGGUCCGUUGAUGGAAAAAAAGGGGCUGGGGAUGCACGUCGGGGCAGAUGAAACAGCUUUACAGGCUAAAAUUCAGGACUGCUGAUGCUACACAACAUGGAGUGUCGCCUCCUAUGCGGAAUAAACACAGCUGUGAACCGACAGUGAGUUUUUAGACGCGAAAUAAUUCGUUUUUAUUCAGUUUUAAACCCGUUUGCUUUGAUACACAUCUGCAAUGAUGUUGGCUGCGGGCUGGAGUAGGACUGCUGCGAAUCUACUCUUCCUUUUGGGACUCCUCGUCUCUAAAGCUGCCGCCAAAACAUCUUCGGAUGCCUCGGCGACACAAGAGGUGGCUCUGAAGGUUCAUCUAAGCGAUGCCAGCACUCAUCAGCCCCUGUUUGGAGUUACCGUACAGCUCUUUGCCAACCACACAUCCGUAUCCACGGAAACCUCAUCAGCUGAUGGCAACGCCUACCUGCGCUUCCUCUACCGCCUCGGGACACCGCUGGUUGUCACUGCAACCAGACAGGGAUAUGUGCCAAACUCUGUUCCCUGGACUCCCUCCAGAUUACCUGUGUUUUCCUCCAUCAGCCUGGAUCUGCUUCCAGAGAGAGCGGCCACCCUGAUGGUGUAUGAAGAUACUGUUGAGAUUGUGUCCGGUCUACAAGGUUUAAGAGGCCAUCCCACCGUGCGGUUUCAGCGCAGAGCUCUGACUCUUCCCUCUAACACGUCCUACGCCAACUUGACUGCUCUGCUCACCAUGGCGAGCUCCCCCUCUCACAUCCAGCACUUCCCUCAUCUGCAGAUUCUUGGCAGCAACGGCACAGGAGCAGAGAAAACGUUUGAGUUGGCUCCUGUAGCGGCCAUCUCUGUUCACCUAUUGGCCAGUGAUGGAAGGGAGCUGCAGGUGAGCGAGCCAAUCACCGUUUCCAUUCCGCUGCCGGCUGACACCAAUCUAAGGGAAAAUGAUCACAUUCCUGCCUGGAGAUUUGACCCACGUAUAGGUGCCUGGAUAAAGAGCAGCUGGGGUCACGUAAAGGAGGAGGGUGCCCAGCUCACGCUGACCUACAUCGCUCCCCAGCUGGGGUACUGGGUAGCCGCCAUGUCACCGCUGCAUUCAGGUCCGCUGGUUGCGAGGGACAUCAGCACCUACCACACGGUGUUCCUGUUGGCCAUACUGGGAGGAAUGGCUCUCAUUCUGCUCUGCCUGCUCUGCCUCCUGCUGUACCACUGCCGACGUCGCUGUUUGAAACCACGAGGGUCUCAUCGCAAACUCGCUUUGUCGUCUGGUCUGGACAGCAGUAAGAAGGAUCAAGCCACCUCUAUGUCCCACGUGAACCUCAUCAGCAACGAGGUGCAGCUGGAACUUGUUUCCACGGCAACUGAGCCUGACAUGACCACUCCAAUGCUGAAGCCUUCUUCGUACGAGCUCCAGGACAGUCAGCGUCAGAGUCUUCUCCAUCACGCCAAACAGAGUCGUUCGUCGCUCGGCAACAACAGCCAGCACGGCUCGUCUUUUGGCAAUCUGACUCCUCGCAGCAGAGACUAUCGGCAGUCCUCGGAGACUUUCCAGCUGAAGGCGGCCUUUCCCUCCGGGACAGAAAGAGGCUACCGCCAGUCGUACACCUCGGUCUGCUCGUCCAGCAACCCCGUUUCAGAAGUUCUGUCAUCAUCCAAUCACGGACAGGCGUCUGUGACGCAGCUGAGCAGCGUUGGCGUUAUCGAUUGCAUCUCUCCCUGCUCUCCUCCUCGCACCCCCAGCAGGGGUGAGGGAGGGGAGUGCAGGGCUCCUGACCACCUUUUAUCCCGCUCCGUAGAUCACCUGGAGCGCCCGAACCCCCAGCUGCUCUCUCGACCCGGUCAGCUGCUCUGUUGCGGCUCUGUGGACCUGCUAAGUGGAGGUGAAGGGUACUCGAGAGUGCGCCCCACACUGGUGAUCCCGGCACAUUACAUGAGGCUUCCAGGCGAGCACCCACUGUCCGGUCAGGCCCUACUGCUGCAGGCGGACCAGCAGAGUGACUUGGAGACCAUCCAGGCUGAGCUCAAUGCCUCACAUUCCCAGCAGCCCCUGGGACAACCGUCCCCUGACUGCUCCCCGGGUCCCAACAAGCAGGGCGAUGGAGAACAUCUCAAACUGUCUGAGUCCCUUUCUAUUCCCGCUGCUCUGGGGGAAACCGCCCUGGUUGAAAUCAACAAAGAGGACACCUUGUUGGCUGAGAAGACUUUAAUGGAGCUGAGAGGAGGGAAACCUCUUCCUCACCCACGAGCUUGGUUUGUCUCACUGGAUGGACGCUCUAAUGCUCACAUUCGCCACUCAUACAUCGACCUCCAGCGGGCCGGGUGCCACAACAGCACGCAGAGCUCAGAAGGUCAGCACGAAAACGGCGGGAGGCACAGCAACGGCAACGAUGCCAGUCUGGACUCUGGUGUGGACCUGAACGAACCGAGGGCGGGACGCAGGGGUAGAGAUGUGGAGCGGGAGGAGAGAGAGGGCGAGAAAGACCGAAAGGCUGCGACACCGGCCACGGCCUACACCCAGCUGGUUUAUGUAGACGACCGAGAAGGAGGGACCAACGAGGAGGUGAACUUCAGCCCCCAGGACAGCAAAACAGGACCCGCCCUGCCAAAGAAGGCAGAGGGCAGCAGACCAGAUCAGAGACGGGGGGGUGUGGAGGCGAAAACAGCUGAGGGAGUACAAACGCAGGAAGAACCGCCCUCACUCUCCCCCACGUCCCCCGCUUCGCCCUCUCCCCUCCCCACGCCGGAGGAGGUGACUUUCAGGACUGACCAUGCGCUGUUGUCAGUCUCCCCAGAUGAUGAUGCAGCACAGGAGGAGGGAGAGGAGGAGAAGAAAAGCCCCUGGCAGAGAAGAGAGGAGCGCCCCCUGCUGGCCUUCAACCUCAAAUGAGUCACAAACUAUUCUUGGGUACGUUUUUUUUUCAUGUUCAUACUGAUCCUCUAGAAAGUGGAAAGUAGAUGAAAAUCACGUGGAGAUUGCAUUAGUAGCCGUGGACAGGAGGACACGUAUGAGCCGUCCCCGGCGUAGACAACAAGGUAAACCUAUCCGUUACUCCUCCACCACCUGGACAAGAACAUGAAGGACACAUCUGUUCAACUCGAGCCCUUUCCUCUAAACUGGGCACUGAGAACAUGUUUCAGUACUGGGAUCUGCUUCUGUCUCGUGCUGUCGUCGUGACGCCAUGUGAUCCAUCAGGACCGCAUCAGAAGGGAGACGAACACACUUUGGAGGAGAGAGAUUUUCUGCACAACAAACAUAUAACUUUUAUAAACAUAAACAGCCUUUUUGGUGUAACUGAACUGUGGGUGAAGCUGAGAAGUCCUGACUGCAGCAGCCUCGUUCUUGAGCCACGUUGGCCUGAGACCACUGAUGACAUCCGGGACGAGGGUAAAACCCAGUGUAGCCGUGCUGGCCGAGAGAAAUGCAUAACAGGACUACUUAACAGUUUGUUUUUCAGUCUGUGUUCCAGGAUUUAACCUGAGCCCACAGCAGUAAGCCUUGAAUCAAACACUCGGAUCCUCUGGUGGUCCGUCUCGUCCAGCCGGUCAGCUGGUGCGUUCGUUCUGUGGGCGUUCACAUGAACUCCGCCAACGUCUGGGGGCUGAUGAAAGAAAACCACUAACUGCGUUUUGGUGUAAUCUGUUCUCGUGAAACGCCGUUUUUUGGUGAAAAAGGAUGAAUCACCACUACAAAACCCGUGCUUAUCGUGAGGUGUGGUUUAAUGAAGGGUUUUUUAUCAACGCUGAACCACUGACUUGCAGAUCUUUGCUCCUAAAGCUAUGCAUUAUUUUUAUAUGACAGCUUCAGAUGCCUUGUUUUAUUUUAAUCACUAUCAUUUUAAAUGCCAAUAUGAAGUUAUUUUCCUGAAAAUGAGCGACUUUUUAUUUCUUUUAAUAUGUCAAGCGCUUGUCUUAGCCAGCGUUUGAAUGGAGCUACAUCAUCUGUCUAACAUUUUACCAAGAAAACAACCUGCUUGCUGCUUUUUCAGCCGACCUUUCACUUCCCCCUUUCCCUCCAUACAAUCCAAGUGCCUUUGAAUAAUCUGUAAUUUGUAGAACGUUAUUUAUUCCUCGCCUUUUUUGCCUUCUGCUGUCCUCUCCUACCUCAGCCUUUACCUUCGUGUUUUGACCUGUGAGGGAAAGCGUGUAAACUUCCUCACUGCUCUGAAGGCGUCUACCAGCUGCUGCAAUCUUCAGAUCUUCUCCAUCGGUUUUUAUCGUAGAAAGCAGUUCAGGGUCUGCUGAUGUUUUCAGGAAAGAAGAAGCUAAGUGUGAUUGUAUGUGAAGCUACUCUGCAGUUUUAUUACAAAGCUUGUUUUCGUUGUUUUGUGUUUGUGGAGGAUGGAGAUUCGUCUUGAAUGUGUUUCUAGUGGUUGUGUCUGUCUCAGGUGCUGCUGAGCGACUGAGAAACAAUCAGCAGACAUCCCAUUAAGAUUAAUCUAGAAAUCAUAAUCCUGAGUAUGCAUAUUUCUUUGCUUAUCUCCGCCCGAUCCGAAGAACUUGCGAGUGGGGGUUACAGAUGUUUUUUUUCUCUUUCUGUCUUUUGCCUGGGCAGACUAGCAUCACAGCAGUCUGAGUGUACAUGUGUUAUUAUGAAUGUCAUUAUCCUUUAAAGCCUGCUAUCUGAAUAAACACCCAAACUGGAAAUA